AUGACCGACACGACCGAGAAGCCUCGCCUGAUCGAGCUCCUCCCGGACUGGCAUCCCAUUGCCAAAAUGCACAAGCGGGCCAAAGCCGCCAAAGACACCACCUCUACGGAGCCCACACCGCCCAGCGCCACCUACCGCGGCGGCUGCCACUGCGGCGCCAUCAGCUUCGACGUCACGCUGUCGCCGCCCCUCGAACCGAUUCCUGGAUCCGGCGAGCCGGGCCACACCGUCGUCAGCUGCAGCUGCUCCGUGUGCCGCCGGUUCGGCUACCUGCUGGUGUAUCCGUCCAAAGGCGACGUGGUGUUCAACAACAGAGGCGGUGGUCAGGCGCGGUGCAAGACGUACCAGUUCAACCGCAAGCUGCAGGACCACCUGUUCUGCAAGAACUGCGGCUCAAGCGUCAUGAUUGACUUUUUGGAACGGUUCGGGCCGGACUGGCAUGGGUACGGCAUCAAUGUGCGGUCGCUGUACAACGUGGACCUGGACGCGCUCAACGUGCUCAAGGUGGACGGCACGAACGGCGUGGCUCCAGCGGGCGACCUGUCCGGACAGUGGUAUGUGGAGUCGGACACAGAAGAGUAG